ACACACACACACACCACCACCAAGAUGGCGGACCUGGAGGCUGUGUUGGCCGACGUGAGCUAUUUAAUGGCGAUGGAGAAGAGCAAGUCCACGCCGGCCGCCAGGGCCAGCAAGAAGAUUGUCCUCCCGGAGCCCAGUAUUCGCAGUGUUAUGCAGAAAUACCUCGAGGAGCGAGACGAGUUGACCUUUGAGAAGAUUUUCAACCAGAAAAUUGGGUUUUUGCUGUUUAAGGAUUUUAGUCUGCAUGAAAUCGACGAGGCAGUUCCCCAGCUCAAGUUCUAUGAGGAGAUAAAAGACUAUGAAAAGCUGGACUCUGAGGAAGAUCGCUUGUGUAGAAGUCGGCAAAUCUACGAUAGAUAUAUAAUGAAAGAGCUGCUAUCUUGUUCACAUCCUUUCUCCAAGCGGGCUGUAGACCACGUACAGAGCCAUUUAGCCAAGAAACAGGUUCCACCCAGCCUCUUCCAGCCAUACAUUGAAGAGAUUUGUGACAGUCUACGAGGGAAGAUAUUUCAGAAGUUUAUAGAAAGCGACAAGUUCACGCGUUUCUGCCAAUGGAAGAAUGUAGAACUAAACAUCCACUUAACUAUGAAUGACUUCAGUGUACAUCGAAUAAUCGGGAGGGGAGGAUUUGGAGAAGUGUACGGAUGUAGGAAAGCUGACACUGGAAAAAUGUAUGCCAUGAAGUGCUUAGAUAAAAAGCGAAUCAAGAUGAAACAGGGAGAAACGUUAGCCCUUAAUGAACGGAUCAUGUUAUCACUCGUCAGCACUGGGGACUGCCCUUUUAUUGUCUGUAUGACCUACGCCUUCCACACGCCUGACAAGCUCUGCUUCAUUCUCGACCUGAUGAAUGGUGGUGAUCUGCACUACCACCUGUCACAGCACGGUGUCUUCUCCGAGAAAGAGAUGAGGUUUUACGCUGCUGAGAUUAUCCUGGGUCUGGAGCACAUGCAUAACCGAUUCGUAGUGUACAGGGACCUGAAGCCAGCAAACAUUCUCUUGGAUGAACACGGACACGUGAGGAUAUCGGACCUUGGACUUGCCUGUGACUUUUCAAAAAAGAAGCCACACGCCAGUGUUGGGACCCAUGGAUACAUGGCCCCCGAGGUAUUGCAGAAAGGAACGGCGUACGACAGCAGUGCAGACUGGUUCUCUCUGGGCUGCAUGCUCUUCAAACUACUCCGAGGACACAGUCCGUUCCGGCAGCACAAAACGAAAGAUAAGCACGAGAUUGACCGCAUGACAUUGACCAUGAAUGUAGAAUUACCGGAUUCCUUCUCUCCAGAGUUGAAGUCUCUCUUAGAAGGUUUACUCCAGCGGGAUGUGGGCAAGAGGCUGGGCUGCCUGGGCCGGGGAGCAAUUGAGGUGAAAGAACAUCCGUUUUUCAAAGGUAUUGACUGGCAGCAAGUCUACUUGCAGAAGUAUCAGCCUCCACUCAUUCCUCCCCGAGGAGAGGUCAAUGCCGCUGAUGCAUUCGACAUUGGGUCAUUCGAUGAAGAAGACACUAAAGGCAUAAAGUUGCUGGACAGUGAUCAGGAGCUGUACAGGAACUUCCCGCUAGUGAUCUCCGAGCGGUGGCAGCAGGAGGUGGCAGAGACUGUGUACGAUGCGGUGAACACUGACACAGAUAAAAAUGAGGCCAAGAAAAGAGCGAAGAAUAAAACACUCGGUCACGAGGAAGAUUAUGCCUUGGGCAAAGACUGCAUCAUGCAUGGCUACAUGCUGAAGCUCGGAAGUCCAUUCCUUACUCAGUGGCAGCGUCGCUAUUUCUACCUCUUUCCCAAUCGUCUGGAGUGGAGAGGAGAGGGAGAGUCCCGGCAAAGCCUGCUGACAAUGGAGCAGAUCGUUUCUGUGGAGGACACGCAGAUUAAGGACAAGAAAUGUAUUCUUCUACGGAUUAAGGGAGGAAAGCAGUUCGUUCUGCAGUGUGAGAGUGACCCGGAGUUCAUCCAGUGGAAGAAAGAGUUGACGGAAGCCUUUAACGAGGCUCAGAGGGUCCUGCGGAGGGCUCCGAAGGUUCUGAACAAGUCGCGUUCGGCGGUGGUCGAGCUCACCAAACCCCCCCUCAGCCACAGGAACAGCAACGGCCUUUAAGCGAGAUGAUGUGUGAGUGGGGGAAAAGAAAGUGAAAGAUCUGAGGAUGUUUUGUGCAAACUACUAUAAUCACUCAUAUGUGGUCCAGCGUGUUGUUAUUAGCUAAAUAUACAAUCCCACAACCAGGGUGGGUAUCUACAUAUAUAUGUGUGUGUGUCUCUAUAUAUAUCUUAUAUAUACACACACACGUGUAUAAGAGACUUUUGGAACAGUCCGCUGUGUAUUUUCUAUUGAAAGUAUUGACAAAUGAGUGCAGCGCCAGUGACUGACUGCAGCUGCAGUUCAUGAGCCAACUCUGCAGGAAUAGACCAGAGGAUGCCAAACGCAUUUGGAAACUGUUUUGCUUUGUGUCACGUGCCAUCGGGCUCCUGGCGGGCGUCCUUCACUUCAUAUCAGAGGGGCCGGAGGAUCGCAAGGAAGAACUACUUUGGGAAGCGUUGAAGUACAAGACUAGAGACAGAAGGAACCUCCUCUCCUCCAGCACCAAGACUACAACAUAUUGCAAACCAUUGAGGCAUGGUCAGUUGUCUACCCGUUGCCAUGGUUUCUCUGCUCUAGAAAUGCUGAUUUAUGAGUUGCCAUGGUGCCAUUAAUCAAUAUUUUGACCUGGGUUUACCUCCCAGUCUCACAUAUCCUCUGCCACAUAUUCAUGGUUACCGAAUGCUGCUCUCCGUUAGUAUCCAACAUCCGGGCCUUGGAAUUUUCAGUUGGAUUGUAUGAUCACUUUAUUCCCUUGAUUACCAGAUGCCAGUUUGUCACCUGGUAACCAGAGCAGUUGCAUUUUAUUUUUGUUAUAUUCUGUGAAACGCAGUGGUGCGUGCGUUGGUACUUAAUUCCCCCUCCUCUUCCGACCCCCACCCCCCCCAAUGGUUGAUUGCAGUGUUUCUAUGGUUACAAGAGAACGAUUGCUGGAUUGCAUAUUUUUUCAACAUGUUAAUAACCUCGAUAUGUUAGCUGUCGCUACAUUUCCACGGCUACUGAAUGCUGCUUUGUGGCUUGUUUCUGUUGCUAGGGUACUGGGGUUUGGUAGGCGACAACACGGCCACUCUUCAAUGCCAACUUCCCCAGAAACAUGGCUCAAGUUUCUAUGGAUGUCUGUUUACCUGAUUACAGUAUUAUGACCCAUCUUACUUCUGUGAUGGCCGGAUGCUAUCUAGACAUGGACCAGUUGACUACUGUAGGCAAUUUUUGGUGACUUGAUUGGAAGCUAGCCGUGGAGCCAGAAUUCUCCUAGUCUCAGUGUGUUGAACCAGUUACUGCUCUCCGUUUGAUUGUGAAAUUCCUUGUCGAGAUUUAUUGGAUCUGCACCUCUCCAGGCUUCACUCAUCGUGUACAUGAGACAUGCAGUGUUACUCCUCUGGGCGAUUGAAACGUCAUAUUCACAGCACAUGGCUCUUUUUAUUGCAAAGCCUCCCUUCCCUUCUUUCCCACCGAGACGUGCAAAGUGCCAACAGACUUAAAAAAAAAUCAAGCAGU